GUCAUCACGUCAUGUUGCAGGAGCACGCACCGAGGGGGAGAUACCAGGCAGCAAAAGCAGCAGCAGGGGCGAAGGCGACUGGAGGAUGCUGAUGUUUCAGCAUGCGGUGACUGAGACCGAGGCCUGAAGGCGCAGUUGUUCCGGUGGCAUCCAGCUUAGAUGAAGGAUGAAGAGCCCGGUGCACAGAUGCAGGGAUGUGGAGCACGGCCGUGGGCAGGCCGGAGCCGGGGCAGGGGCAGGAACCAACUGCCUGCAGGCCGAGCAUCGCAUCCCUAUCUCCAAAGAUGUCAUCACGUCCUCUUCCGCCUCGGCCAUGUGGUUCAUCAGGGACGUCUGCGGGAUUGUGUGUGCUGUCAUCACCUGGCUGCUGGUGUUGUACGCCGAGUUCGUGGUGCUGUUUGUAAUGCUGCUCCCCUCCAAGAAUCUGACGUACAGCAUUGUGAACGGGACUCUGUUCAACACUCUGGCCUUCCUUGCCCUCGCCUCACACCUCAGGGCCAUGUGCACUGACCCUGGUGCUGUGCCAAAAGGGAAUGCUACUAAGGAAUACAUAGAAAGCCUUCAGCUGAAACCAGGACAGGUGGUCUACAAAUGUCCCAAGUGCUGCAGCAUCAAGCCUGACCGAGCACACCACUGCAGUGUUUGCAAGCGCUGCAUACGAAAGAUGGACCACCACUGUCCCUGGGUCAACAACUGUGUUGGGGAGAACAACCAAAAGUACUUUGUGCUUUUCACAAUGUACAUUGCACUCAUCUCUCUCCACGCUCUGCUCAUGGUGGUCUUCCACUUUCUGUACUGCUUUGAAGAUGACUGGACAAAGUGCAGUUCCUUCUCUCCUCCAGCAACAGUCAUCCUCCUCAUACUCCUGUGCUUUGAGGGCCUCCUCUUCCUCAUCUUCACCUCUGUGAUGUUCGGCACCCAAGUCCACUCCAUCUGUACCGACGAGACUGGCAUAGAGCAGUUGAAAAAGGAAGAGAGAAGAUGGGCUAAAAAAACUAAGUGGAUGAACAUGAGGGCGGUAUUCGGACACCCUUUCUCCUUAUUGUGGUUUAGCCCCUUCUCCACCCCCGACCACGGGAAGGCUGAGACCUACCAGUACGUGGUGUGAGGCUCAGCGCAGGGAGCCAGGUGGCCGGGUCAGAACCAAAGUGGGAAGGCCGGCCCAGCGCCAUUGAACUCAGCUAUGGCAGCCCGUUUGCUCCCGCUGCUCAACGCCACUUACACUGUAUAUCCCACACUAGCCAUGGACAGCUUUUCAUGUGCUUUUUCGUUGCCAACUAAGUGCGCUAUCCGUUUAUUUUUGUGUUGCCUUGAGUGAGUCGAGUUGCAGAGAAAAAGAAACACUUUGAUUUAGUGAUUCCUGUUUGCAAACACUGUGAUGAAUCCGUUGGUUUUUCUUUCUGAUCUCCUUCUCUUUCUGUGUUAUCUUUUCUCUUGCUCUGUGUUUCCUCUUGCUUGUCCUUGAAGGGUCAGUUCAACUAAAUUCCAAAAAAACAUGUUGUCCCACUUUCCUGGUGGUUUCUGGCCUUGCAGAUUGUUAGCACUAUAGUUGUCAACUAAUAUGCAAAAAUAGGAAGUGAUGUAUUGGGUAAGUGACAGUAGUUAUUUAAAUGCUUGUAAUACAGGCCUGACUGGGGCUUGUGAUAUUAAAAUCAGCUCAUCUCCCCCACAGAAAGACAUCCAGUCAUUGUCUUAAGUUUAAAAAGUAGUUACAAGGAAACACUUUAGCUGUGGAUCUUUUCUGAAUAACUAGCAAAUUGGUUUCAAACUUUCAGCUUGCUGCUGAAUUCUGAAACCUCAAACAACAUCCCACCCUUAUUCUACUGGUAAUAGAAAGCCACUAGAUUGUAGUAAACAAUGUUGUUUUGUAAUUUAGGAGAACUGACGCUUUAAAUCUUCCUCCUGACAGACAGUAGUCGGUAAUGUGUUCCAGACAUGGACAAAGCAAACCUUUUAAAUGGGUCCCCAGUGGAAUGGAUAGAUGGAGCCACUGUACAAACACAUCCAUGCUCACGUUGACCCUUUUAAAUGGAGUUUGCCAUCAUUCUUGUGGAUGUUUACAGGCUUAAAUUAGUAUCAUAGCAAUUUAACAAAAUCUCCCAAAAAUCGACAAAAACAAAAAUAAACUGAAAGCACAAAAAAUGAGGUGAAAGGCAGACGUGACAGUACAAUUAUACCAGACUGCUACAUUUGAUUUCUUUCUCUUCUGCUGUCACUUUUCCACUUUCACAGAUUUUUUUUUUUUUAUUCAUGACACAAACUACAUGUGGCAAAUUGGUAUUUUCCCAUGAUUUGUGUGGUUACUACAAAAUGUGUGACACUUGUGAACUUAAAAACAUCCAAUCAACACAUUUCUUAAAUUAUAUAUAAAACGAGAUGCCUCAUGAAUUCAGCCACCUAAAGUCAUUCACUACUUAAAGCUAAAGGACAAAAUAUGAUACAAGUUUAGGAAUAUUCUCAUUCAAAAACAUCACUUUCAACAAAGGAAUCUUGUGUUAACACGUGUCAGGCUGAAAGUUUCUCUCCUGUGGCUGGACAAUACAGCGCUGCCUCCCCAUUGGACGGUUUCUUUUAGACACAAGGGUCAAUGGAAGUGUAACAAACAGUCUGGUUGCAACAGGUUGUCCUGACAAAGUACAAGUAACAGGAGCCUCAGCAGUGUACAGAUACAUGCUUUCAGAUUAAUAAUAUGUUAGCUUCAGUCAGCCUGAGAUGGAUUAACCCAACCUUCCUUAUAAUCAAAGACAAAUUAAAAAGACUCUUUAAAAAAAAUCAAACGUUUCAUUUUUGUAUAUCUAAAUAUGUAAGCUAAUUUUUUUCCUUCGGUUUAUUCUUGUUCUCUGUUACUUUAUUAUUUUUUUUGUUUGAUUCUUGGGAGAUUUUGUUCAUUUAUUAUGACACAAAUUUAGCCCUAUAGGUUUUUGGUCUAUUAUGGUUGUGAAAAUCUUUUCAAUUUGCCACAUUCUGCCUUCUUUCCUGCUAGUGAUGAUUCUGACUUGUAGUGUUAAAAAAUAGGGAUGCACUGAUGCUGCUUUCACUUUCCUGAUACCAGCAUCUGAUCAUCCACUCAGUGCUGAUUCCCACUCGUACACCUCUUAGACACAACACAUCCAGGAACUCUCUGGGGUCAUUUUCAUGUAAAAUAACAUGAGGAGGGGGAAGGCUGUGGCACCAGAAUCUGAGAUCAUAGCCUCCUCUGGCUAGUUGAUGGAUUAACACUGAAUGUCUAUAAUGGAUUUGACAUUAAAAUGACGGUAUUCACCCUGAUAUUGAUCAGUGCAUCCCUAAGAUUCAGUCCUAUUCAAAUGACUGUGUUGUAUUUGAGUCUGGAGUAGCCCUGCUAUACUACAACAUAAGAGACCAAAAAAGUCACACUGCAGUUUAAUCAUGUGUUCAAAGUGAUUCUAAUACCUACAUGUUGUCCAAGUGUGAAACAUCGUCCCUGAUUCCUCUCUGAUACAUGCUCGACACAAACACAGUCUCUGUCAGAAGGCAGAGAUGCAUUUUAUUUUUGGCCCAAGCAAGCCAGGAGGUCUCUGUUUGUUCCACCAAAUAGAAUCCGAUCCACAGUCAGAACGCCAGCUGUCUUUGGUUGUGGCAAGUUUUUUGCUGAAUCAUUCAAGGAAAAGAAAUGCUUUCAGUCGGUACCGAUGUUAACCUCAAUCUGUCUGUGCAGAAAAACAUGGUCGUCAGAAUGUUUUUGACAGACUGUCAGCAACCACAGUGUAACAUAUGUUCAUCCCCCCCCUCCCCUUUUUCUAUUGCUUUUUUUCUUUUUUUUGAAGAAAGGUUUAGCCUCCCACAGUCGUCUCCCACCAACGCUCCCCGUUAGCGUGUGCAUGAACACUUGCCAGUGAAUCCGCUCCUGUGCUCUCAGCCUGUGUGGUGUUCUCAUGUUGUGAGCGUGUGCCAAAUUCAAUCAAACCCCACAAUUACACGACUAUUUGGGAAAGCUUUGAAAUGAAAUUCUUCUUCAAAAAAACAUCCCUGGCUCGGCUUGAAAAUCAUCUUUGCUGUAGAAAACCUAUUAAAUCCUGUGUGGAGUUAAAGGGAAGCUCUGUGUAAAACAUGUCUGCAGCAGCUGGACUGUAUUUCUGCACUAUUCCGACUACUUCAAAGCAUUUAACAAAGUAUUAACUGUCACCAUUCACAUUUACACAAGUACUAAAAAGGCUAAAUUGCACUUUGUAUUUAUCAUUUAAGAUUUUCUUCUGUGUGAACUGCUCUGUUCCAAGACGUGCAUUUUAUUCUUCUAUUCUUUGUUUACAUGGUGUUGUAUGCAUCCUUUGUUAUUUCUGAAGGCGAGUUUAGUCGUGUGUGUGAAGCUCUGCUGAGAUGAUGGUGCCAAGUGUCUCUGGUGAGAGUGACGGUGGAGAUGAUUUGUUUUUUACAGAAAUUUGAAUUCUUUCUAAAUAUUCUGAAGAUCUUUCAGCACAUGAACAGAGAAUAAAUACUUCUCUGUUGCAAUGCAAAAA